AUGGCCUCGUCGGCCCCCAGCAUUGCAUCGCCUGCUGGAGGCGCUGCCAAAUCAAGCCGUGCUCAGCUAUCACUGCACUUAGCCCCCGGCCGCCCUGCAUCCACCACCACAACUCUCCGCUGCCGUCGCCUCAACAACACCAUGCAGCUUCAUGCUGUGCUCGGAGCGACGCUUAUCGCUAUCGUCGCAUCCUCAGCGCGCUCACCCUCGAUCCAUGUCGAAACCAUGAUCCCGUUGCGGCUGCGGCGCUAUUCUGAGAAUGGCUUUUUCCCCUGGUCGCAUUUUGCCAUUGAUGAAUCGCCCCUGGCCGGUUCGCAGCUCGCCUUGGCAUAUUCAGCACGCAUGCCAAGCGCUGCCAUUGGUGCGAUCGGCCUCCAGAACGCGCGGCCUUGGGGACGCGGGCAGGCCUCCCACGCAAAGGGAAUGGUUCGCCUCGCCAUUUGGCCCAUUCGAGAUCGUCGGCCCUCCAAAAAUAAUGCCCGCCAGCUAGAAGCCAUGUCGCACAGCAGCCGCCAGCUCCACCACGAUUAUUGGCGCACUGUCGGCAGCAUGCGAGUCCAACGGCGCAGACUUUAA